AUGAAGGUUCUGAGUGCUGCUGUAGUCUCUAUUCUUGUGCCCGCUCUGACAUCAGCUUUGGACCCUCUCAGCACUUCAGUCAUCAUCGGGGCUGCUGCUGCCUCUUGGCAGCUCCUUUCCCCUGGUUCCUGGCUCCAGUGCAGUCUCCUGAAGUGUUGCAAUAUGAAGGACACACUGGACUUGUCAGUCAUAAAGACAGAGUUUGAGAGAAAAGUCUUUGGCCAGCAUCUUGCUAUCCAGAUAAUUCUGAGAGCUCUGACUGCAAAUAUACAUUCCAAACAGCCCAGGAAGCCCCUGGUGAUGUCCUUCCAUGGCUGGACUGGAACAGGGAAGUCGUUUGUCAGCCGUAUCCUUGCAGAAAACCUCUACCACCACAAUGCAGCAAGAAAGAGGUUUGUGCACCACUUCAGCACAGUCCUGCAUUUCCCACACCUUUCACGUGUCCAACUCUAUAAGGAGCAGCUGCAGAAUUGGAUUCGGGGCAAUGUCAGUGCCUGUCCAAGGUCCCUCUUCAUCUUCUCUGAAAUGGAUCAGAUGCCACAUGGCCUGAUAGACUCUAUCAUGCCAUUCCUUGGCUACCAUGAAGAAAUUGAUAAUGUUUAUUAUGGCAAGGCGAUCUUCAUCUUUCUGAACAAUGCAGGUGGAGAUAAGAUAACAGAGAUUACUCUUGAUCACUGGAGAAGGAUGAAGAAAAGAGAAGACAUUCCUGUGAAGGAGCUCCAGUCUCUGCUGUCCAAUGAAAUUUUCCAGAACAGAAACAGUGGCUUCUUUCAGAGUCAACUGAUCCAGAAGAACCUCAUUGACUAUUUCGUCCCUUUCCUUCCUCUGGAAUAUAACCAUGUCAGGCAGUGUGUCUGGGAGGAGCUGCGGGCACAAGGGCAUUCCAGGGAAGAAGACCUCAUCUCAGAGAUUGCCCUUGAAAUGACUGACUACCCUAGUGAAGAAAGACUCUACUCCAGCAAAGGCUGCAAGACUGUGGCCUCCAGAGUGAUUCUGAGCAUCUAG